UGCGGUCAGGCGUCUCUUCGAACUGGUAUUGGGCGUUCGAGAGCGGCGAGUGAUGGCGGCGUUGCGUUCUGGAUUCCGACGACUCUUCUCCAUCUCCGCUUUCUCUCCUCCGCCUCGAGCUGCUGUCCCUCCGCCCGCGGAGCCCUCGACCAACCUAUUCGUCUCAGGACUCAGCAAGCGAACAACAUCUGAAGGAUUGAGGGAAGCUUUUUCAAAAUUUGGUCAAGUUGUCUAUGCUAGGGUUGUGACUGAUCGCAUAUCAGGCUAUCCUAAAGGUUUUGGAUUUGUAGGGUAUGCAACCUUGGAAGAAGCAGCACAAGGUAUAAAAGGAAUGGACGGCAAGUUUCUCGAUGGCUGGGUUAUUUUCGCCGAGUAUGCAAGACCAAGACCACCACCAUCAGGACAAGCACGAACACCCACCGCACCACCUCAAACUUCAGAACCACCAUUUAAUCAUCAGUAGAGCUUGAGUUCUUGUAUGGUAUCAUGAGUUAUGAGAUUGGAUAUCACCACAGCUUAAAUUUAUGGGCAAAAAUUAAAAAGGUGUCUCUUUUUAAUGAAUUAUCAAAGAUGCGUCCUAUAUUGAGUUA